GGUGAGGAUUCCGAAAACCCCCCAUGGGGGUUCUCUGGGGGUACUUGGGGUCUCCAUAAUCCCCGGUGGGUUGUCUGGGGGUCCCUUUGAUGGGUGUCUCCAUAACUCGCCGUGGCGUCUCCGGGGGUCUCCAUGGACACGGGGGGGAAUGGGAGGGUAUCCGUGUGGGGGGGAGGUGGUGCCCUGUGCCACGUGACACGGGCCAAGAUGGCGGCGCCCAUGGGGACCGGAAGCGGAAGUGGCUCAGCGGAGGCGCCACGGGGCAGCGGAGGCGCCGGUGGGACCGGGGGCCCUCCUGAGCCCCCUCCCCACCAUGUUCCUGCUCCCCUGCUCCGCGCUCGCCCUCCUCCUCCUCAGUUGCCUGGCUCUGGAGCCGCCCCCGCGCCAGCCCUCUCCCUCCAACCCCGCCUUCCUGCGCUUCCAGCGGCAGUUCCUGCUGGGAUACCUGCCGGCGCUGGCUGCCGACUGGCUGCAGGGCCCCCUGCUGUUCCAGCUGCUGCACAGCCGCGGCUUCCUGCGCAGCCAGAUCGCGGCCCUCUACUCCUGUGGCUUCGCCUCCAACCUCGCCUUCGGCCUCGUCUCUGCUGCUUUCGUGGAUCGCCUCGGCCGGAAGAAGUCGUGUGUGCUGUCCUCGGGGCUGUGCUCCGUGUCCUGCCUGCUGCAGCUCUCCCGGGAUUUCCUGGCGCUGGCGGCUGGCCGGGUGCUGGCCGGGCUCGGCACCUCCCUGCUCUUCUCCGCCUUCGAGUGCUGGUACGUCCACGAGCACCUGGAGUGCCAUGACUUCCCGGCCGAGUGGAUUCCCAGCACCUUCUCCCGCGUGGCGCUCUGGAACAGCGGCCUGGCCGUGGCGGCCGGCCUGCUAGCUCAGCUGGUGGCUGAGGGGCUGGCCCUGGGCCCUGUGGCCCCAUUCCUGGUGGCCAUACCCUUCCUGGCACUCUCAGGGAUCUUUGCUGGGAAAAACUGGGAUGAGAACUACGGGAAGAGCCGGUCCUGCAGUAAGGCAUGUGGGGAAGGCCUUCGGGGCCUCCUGUCUGACCCCCGGCUGCUGCUCCUGGGGCUGGUCCAGGCCCUUGUGGAGAGCAUCCUACUCAUCUUUGCCUUCCUUUGGACACCUGUCCUGGAGCCACACGGGAUCCCGCUGGGAAUCGCUUUCUCGGGCUUCACGGCCGCCAGCGCCGCAGGCUCGGCCCUGUUCCGGCGCGGUGUCACCGGCAGGCUCCGGCUGCAGCCGCUGCGGCUCCUGCCCGGCUCCAUCCUGCUCCUGGCGCUGGCCCUCCUGGUCCUGGCACUGCCAAUGCCACUGUACCCCGCCGUGGACUUCCUUGCCGUGCUGGUGCUGCAGCUCUCCUGCGGGAUUUACUUCCCGGCCGUGGCGUUCCUGCGGCGCCGGCUGGAGCGCGGCGGGGACGCGGCGGGAGGAGCGCGCUGGCUGCGGCUGCCCCUCGGCCUGGGGCUGUCACUGGCACUGCCAGCGCUGCCUGGGCACCCCCUGGGGACGCGGCAGGUGUUCGGGGCUGCAGCCCUGGCGGCGCUGGUGGCGCUGGGGGCAGCCGGGGGGAUCCUGGGCACCGCCCGUGGGGACGAGGGGCUGAGGGUGGGGGACGAGGGGCUGCUCGAGGGGGACACCGGGGAGUGAUGAGUGCCCCGGGACAGGGACACUGGGUCAACUCAGCAGGGACACCUGGCUGUGAGGGGGACACCAGGAUGUGACAGGAACACUGGGCUGUGACAGGGACGUGGACACUGGGCUCUAAUGGAGACAGGGACACGGGAAGAACACGUGGGGUCCUCAGGCACCUCCCUGCUGGGGUCACAGUCAUCCCCAUACUGAGCUGUGAGUGACAGAAACCCUGAGACCCCGUGGUGGGUCACACCCGGUGUGAUGGGUCACAGUGUCAACCCACAAUGGACUGUGGUUGACUGGGACACCUGAGGACACUGAACUGUGGUGGGUCACAGUGUCACCCCUAUGGCUGAGCUGUGGGUGACAGUGACACUGGGACACCCCAGCUGUAACAGGUCAAAGUAUCACCCCCAUAAUGAAAUGUAGGUGACAGUGACACUGGGACACCCUGAUGGUGACACAGUGCUAUGAUGGGGCCAUGGUACUGCUGUCACCCCACAAUGAACUCUGGGUGACAACAUGAGGACACCCCCAGGUGACACCUGAGCUGUGGCAGGUCACAGUGCCACCUCCCACAAAGCACAGCAGAGAGGACGUGGGGACACCAGGCCAGGUGUGUGACCUACCCCGUGUGGUGUCAUGGGGGUGAGGGUGUAUUAAUUACUUACUUAAUUUCUAAUAAAUCCACCCAAUAGAGGUA